AGUAUGAAAAGUACUCUGAACUUGCCAAGUUUUAAGCUAGAGAGAGAAAACCAGAGCAGUCACAAAGCAGAGAAACAAAACAAGCAGAGACAAGAGAAGGGUGUGUUUCUUGGGAAUUGUGCUAUGUUCUGGAGGCUUUUAUAUGGCAUGAGAGAUGGGUUUUGGGGAGGGACUUGGCCUCUCUGAAUUCCCCUGAUUCUACUUCUCUUUUGUUUGUCUUCUGGAAUCAAGAAUUUCAAGAAAGCAUCAAGAACAAGAUUUUAUGAUUGGUUUUUUUGAGUUCUUGGGCUGUUUCUUUUGCUUUUUGUUACUUUCUAUAUAGGUGUGAUCACUUGUAUUGGGAUUGUAUGGUUCAACUGUUGCUGCAAAGCUGCAAAGUGGUGGAUGCACUUGUGAAGAUUUCAGAUUGACGGAGUGAUACUUUUUUCGAUUUUAGGAGAAAGUUAGUUGAGGAAUAAACUGACUUUCUCGCGGUCAAGCUGCAAGUACACUUGUUUUCUGUUCUUUUGCUGUGUGUUCAACUGGUUCUAUCCCCUUUGACGGUGGUCAAAGAAGGCAUAAGUUGGCUUCCCGGUGCAAAUCUCCUUUGGCAAUAGUUAGGUGCUUUCUGAAAGAGCAAAAAGCUUGUUUUGGAGCAUUUAAAAAAUCUAUCCUCUUGUUUUGAAUUCAUCUCUGCUGGAAAUCUCUUCUGGCAAAUUCGCAAACAAGUGGCUCUCUCUUGUUGGAAUCGUUCUUGGAGCAAUUCCAGUUAAGAGGGUUUCAAUAUUUGUUUGUUGGGCAAAUCUCCUUUUGGCAUUCGGGUUUCUUGUUUUAAGACUCCCCUCAACCCUUUCGGGGGCAAAUCUCCUUUGGCAUAUUCUCCACUUGUUGGAGAUUCUAUCACGGUCUCUGUAUCUUAGAUAUCAGAUUGAUCAAAAAUUUAUUACCUAUCGACUGAGUAAAGUUAUAUACAAAAGCAUUGUGUCCUGGUUCAGCAAACUUGCAGAUCUCCUGGCUAAUAGACAUUUUGCAUUAUCACUCGGACCUGUUUCUUAAAAGAAAAACAUUGUGGUACAUAUAUAUAUAUCGUAGUGAUGGGAUCACCUUUCAGUGACUGUGAUAGUUACAGUUACAGCAGCAGCAGCUCCGAUGAUCAAGAAGGCAGCGAAUAUAUGUAUGGUGGCCAAGCAUGUUCUAUUCUGUCAAGUCUCGAGGAAACCAUUGGAAAAAUUGAUGAUUUUCUCUCAUUUGAGAGAGGAUUUGUUCGUGGAGACAUUGUGUGCUCAGUAGAAGAUCCAUCGGGACAGAUGGGAAAGGUAAUCAAUGUUGAAAUGAUUGUAGAUUUAGAGAAUGUUUAUGGGGCUAAAACGAGACAUGUUAAUUCCAACAGACUUGGAAAGUUACGUUCCAUUUCAGUUGGUGACUAUGUAGUGGGUGGGCCAUGGAUUGGGAAAGUUGAGAACAUUGUUGACCAUGUAACCAUUCUGUUUGAUGAUGGUACCAAGUGUGAAUACACUGCAAUGGGCCCGGAUAAGCUCAUACCUAUUUCUCCAGACUUGCUUGAUGAUCCACAGUACCCUUAUUAUCCUGGACAGAGAGUCCGUGUAGAGCUCUCAUCUACAGCCAAGUCAUCAAGAUGGUUAUGUGGUCCACGGGAGGGAAAACAAAAUGAAGGAAUUGUUUGUGCUGUCGAUGCAGGAACAGUUUUUGUUGAUUGGCUUGCUUGUGCUCUGGUUGGCUCCGCAGAGUUGGCUCCCCCACUUAGGCUGCAGAGUUCGAAAAACCUGACCUUGUUGUCAUGUUCCUCUCAUUCAAGCUGGCAGCUUGGGGAUUGGUGCAUACUUCCUCUUAUUGAUGAAAUGGGUGUUACAGAGUAUCCUUCUCUUAAUUCAUCUAAAGUUGGAGUUGCACAAACAGAGAGAGCAUUUGAAAGGAGUUCUGCUCUCAAACUUCAGAAUUUGUAUGUUAUUGUAAAGACAAUGACUAAGGCUGAUGUUCUUUGGCAGGACGGAAGCCAGUCAUUUGGGCUGGACUCACAAGCUCUCUUUCCAAUAAAUAUCAUUGAUGCCCAUGACUUUUGGCCUGACCAGUAUGUUCAGGAUUCUGAUGAUCAUCAUAACAGUGAUAACCCAAGAUGGGGUGUGGUGAGAAGUGUGAAUGCAAAAGAAAGAACUGUGAGAGUACGGUGGGAAACUUCUAGAGCUGACCACGUAAAUGAUCCUGAGGCGAUGGAGGAGGAAAUUGUUAGUGCUUAUCAACUGGUUGAGCAUCCAGAGCACUCCUACUGCAUAGGUGAUGCGGUGUUUAUGAUGCAUAAGGGCCAUCUUUCGGAAAUAGUUGGUGGAAAAGAGUACAAGGACCAUGAAAUUGGCAAAGGGUUCAAACAUGAGGCUGCUGAUAGAAGUGCAGAUCCCUGUCAUAGAGAAGAUCAAAAUGAAUUUUCCAGUAACAGGUACUUAUCCCGAUUUGGAAUUAUUGUGGACUUUUACAAUGGCAGCAUUGAAGUGAAAUGGGGUACUGGUUCUAAAACCAAGGUUGCACCUCAUGAUAUCUUUCGGGUGGACAAAGAUGAAGGCUUAUCUGUUACUUCUGUUCUACCUAAUGAAAAUGCUGAAGAAUUGAAUGGAACUGAGCAUAAUGACCACUCAAUGGGACAUGAAGAAAAGGAACUUUUGAAUUCAAAUGUUGAUGGUAAUGAUUGUCAAAGGAACUCAAGGGAUACUAGUUCUUUGUCUUUUCCCACGGCUAUUGGAUUUUUCACAAAUCUUGCCGCAAGUCUAUAUAGUUCUCUGGGUUUUGCAUCUACAUUGAAUACAUCUGACCUCGUACCACGUAAUCAGGCACAAUCUGAGAUGCCCAACGAGAUAGAAGUGGUAGAACUCAGCGAUUUGUGCACUGCAGAUCAACCACUGGUAGCAAUUGAAUUGCAGACAUCUGCAGAAACUAACUUGGAACAGAAGAGAGGCCAGUUUCUAUUACCAUCCGGAAGCAAGUCUCCAAAAGAGUUUGGGCAGUUUGAUAUGGUCACUGAUUGUUUGGAUCACCACUUUGUUGAUGGUUCAGGCAAAAGUUUAACCUUUUCACAGAUGAAAAGAGGUUGGCUCAAGAAGGUUCAGCAAGAGUGGAGUAUUUUGGAGAAAGAUCUUCCAGAUUCAAUCUACGUCCGUGUCUACGAGGAACGGAUAGACUUGAUCCGCGCUGCAAUUGUAGGAGCGCCAGGAACUCCGUAUCAUGACAAUUUAUUUUUCUUUGACAUUUACCUUCCUGCGGAAUAUCCUCAUGAGCCACCUUUGGUACACUACAACUCUGGCGGGCUUCGUGUCAAUCCUAAUUUGUAUGAGUCUGGAAAGGUCUGUCUCAGUCUGCUCAAUACAUGGGCCGGCAGUGGCAGUGAAGUAUGGAAUCCAGGGAACUCAACAAUUCUUCAAGUUCUGCUAUCCCUCCAGGCCCUCGUCCUUAAUGAAAAACCUUAUUUCAACGAGGCUGGAUAUGAUAAGCAAAUUGGAAGAGCUGAAGGGGAGAAAAACUCAAUUGGAUAUAACGAAAAUGCAUUCCUGGUCAGCUGCAAGUCCAUGUUGUAUCUACUACGCAGACCACCAAAGCAUUUUGAGGAGCUUGUGAAGGAGCACUUCACCCGACGUUGCAACUACAUCGUAGAGGCUUGUAAUGCGUACAUGAAAGGCGUUCCAGUUGGUAGUAUUUCUGGACACAAAAUUGUAGAUAAAGAAAUUGGAAAGGGCAGCUCUACAGGUUUCAAAAUCAUGCUUGCCAAACUCCUCCCUAAACUUGUGGAAGCAUUUAGCGAAAACGGUAUGGAUUGCAGCAACUAUAUCCAAUCUAAAGAAUGAAUAAUAUGGGACGCCAGGUUAACCCUGAAUUCUCAAAAGUGUGCUUAUCUUUAUUCAUUUGUGUAAAAUAUAUUAUUGUAUAAAACAAGUAGAGUGAAUGAAGAAGACUUGGUUUGCUACUCUUUUGACAAUAUGCCUGGGGUGUGAUAUAAAUAAAGCUCGGGCAAUUGAAGUUGAAAUGAUGAUUUGUUAUAAAUUUGACCGGGUUUUAAUGUUUCA